UUUCUUUUAUGAGGCUUUGUUUGCUGAGAAAGACCAGAGAGAGAGAGAGACAGAGAGAGAAAAGAAAAGAAAAGAAAAGAGAGAGUUUCAGUUCGUUCAAUCUCACUGAUUGAGAGCUCCUUAUUCGAUUAUCUCUAUAUUCUUCGUCUUCUGCCUCCUCCAUCACCCACAAGAAAACCCAAAAUAGAGCGCAGGAAAAGAGAAAGAGAGAGUGACCCAUAUGCAAAAAACCCUAUUAGCCACAGUUUGAUUUGAUGGAUCCGUGGAUCUAGCGCUUUUAUACUCACAUGUAUUGCUCUGUUUCUUUUAGAUCCCCGUCGUUUUCAUUUUGGUCUCAUUCAGCAGCUGACCAGAACUGAUUGGAGUUGCAUAAUUAUACUUAGUUUUCUUGGUCUGCGGGUGAGGAGGCUGCUGGGAUCUUGGUUGGCGAGAGUGGUAUUGCAUCCAUUUCGGAUGUGGAGGAAUUGGAGGCUGGCCCCGGUGAAAUGAGGGAUGUUAUCAAGGUUGAUAAACUUCCUGAGGGCCUGCUUGGGACCGUCCUCGAACCGUUACAUCCACACAGGUUCAGAUGCAGCAGGUCGGCAAGAUGGACUACUUUGGUACAAAGACACCGGUCAGCACAUGAAUGGUGAAUUCUCAAUAGCAGUUGUCCAAGCCAACAAUUUGCUUGAGGAUCAAAGCCAGAUUGAGUCUGGACCCUUGAGCUUGCUCGAGUCUGGCCCAUAUGGCACCUUCAUUGGGAUAUAUGAUGGUCAUGGCGGGCCUGAGACAUCACGUUUCAUUAAUGAUCAACUAUUCCAGCAUCUUAAGACAGGGUUCACCUCAGAGCAACAAUCCAUGUCAGUGGAUGUGAUAAAGAAAGCAUAUCAAGCAACAGAAGAGGGAUUUCUGUCUGUUGUUACCAAACAAUGGCCUAUGAAACCCCAGAUUGCAGCUGUUGGAUCUUGCUGCCUAGUUGGUGUGAUCUGUGGCGGCACCCUCUACAUAGCCAAUGUUGGUGAUUCCCGUGCAGUGCUAGGGAGGCUUGUCAGGUCCACUGGGGAGGUCCUUGCCAUCCAACUGUCGGCAGAGCAUAAUGUGGGAAUAGAAUCAGUGAGACAGGAGAUGUACUCUUUGCACCCGGACGACUCACACAUCGUGGUUUUAAAGCAUAAUGUAUGGCGUGUUAAGGGCUUGAUACAGAUAUCUAGAUCUAUUGGUGAUGUAUAUCUAAAAAAGGCUGAAUUUAACAGGGAGCCUUUGUAUACUAAGUUUCGCCUCCGUGAACCUUUUAAAAGGCCAAUCUUAAGCUCUGAGCCAUCAAUUUCUGUGCAUGAACUUCAACCUCAUGAUCAAUUUCUCAUAUUUGCUUCUGAUGGGCUGUGGGAGCACCUUAGUAAUCAGGAAGCAGUUGACAUUGUUCAAAACCACCCACACAGUGGAAGUGCCCGGAGGCUUGUGAAAGCGGCCUUGCAGGAAGCAGCUAAGAAAAGAGAAAUGAGGUACUCCGAUCUGAAGAAAAUCGACCGUGGCGUCCGCCGACAUUUCCAUGAUGACAUUACAGUCAUAGUUGUUUUUCUUGAUUCAAAUCUUGUGAGCAGAGCAAGUUCGGUAAAAGGCCCUUCUUUGUCUGUGAGAGGCUGUGGUGUUAACGUACCUGCAAAAGCUCUAGCCCCCUGUGCCACACCCAUGGAUUCUAGUACUACCUGAUGCAGCUCCCCCUCCCCUCUUUGUACUAUUGUACCUACUGUUGGAUGCUUCUCAGAAUCUCAGAGCCCAUGAGCUUGUAUAUUCAAGACAGAUAAAGAGAAGUUUCAGUCAAUUAAUUUUUUCUUUCUGCACAAUGUAUCAUAUAACUUGGGACAUGUAUUUUAUUUAGUUCUGAGGACUUGAGCAAUGAAAGAAUCAGGGAAAAUAGAGCUUCAAAGGUUACACUGAUGAUUCUUUCUUUA